AUGGCCCCAUUCAGAGGAAUAUCAUUCUAUCGGCGCAAUGGAUGGCAAACCUGUGGCCAUCAAAAAGUCUCCAGCCAAGAAGACACCGGAGCCUCCUCCGACAGAGUCUCCACCUGCGGCGAGACCCCGAACGAGGAAGCUCUUCCUGCGGACGGAGACGAACCCAACGCCGCCAGAGUGGAAGUCACCGCUGAGGAAGGAAGCGCUCCAGCUGCUCCAGCAGAAGCUGUUGUAGUCGAGGAGCCACCUGUUGUCCCCACACCCCCACCUUCUGCAGUCCCCACGAGCGCACCUCUGGAUGUAUCCGUGGAUGAUGUGAAUGACUCUAGCCUCACCAUUAAAUGGAAAGCACCAGAGACCAUUGGAGAGGCCGGUCUGGACGGAUACACCAUCGAGUACCGUAAAGAUGGAACAUCAGACUGGGUUGUAGCUAACAAGGAGCUGAACCCAGCUAAUUGCUACUGCAUCAAGAAUCUAACAGCUGGUGACCUGCUGCAUGUGCGUGUGGUGGCAGUAAACCCUGGUGGCCGCAGUGAACCUAGUACACUUGCUGAGCCGGUGCCGAUCCGUGAGAUUGUUGAUCGUCCCAAGAUCCGCAUGCCUCGCAUCCUCAGGUCUUGCUGCGUCAAGCAGGUUGGAGAGCAGAUCAACCUGGUCAUCCCCUUUCUUGGAAAGCCCAAACCUGUGGUGUCCUGGCUCAAAGAUGGACAGUCACUGGAUACAAAAAGGGUCAACAUCAGGACCAGCAACACUGACAGCAUCAUAUUUAUCCGCACUGCUCAGAGGGACGACUCUGGGGUUUAUGAGAUCACUGUUAAAGUAGACAGCUUUGAAGAUAAAGCCACCUUCACCCUUCAGAUUGUAGAGCUGCCCGGUCCUCCUGCCAGUGUGAAGCUGGUGGACAUCUGGGGCUUCAACGCUGCUCUGGAAUGGACUCUUCCUAAGGAUAACGGCAACACAAGCAUCACUGGAUACACUGUCCAGAAAGCCGACAGGAAGACUGGAGAAUGGUUCACGGUGCUGGAACACCACCACAGGCUAACUGCCACCAUCUCAGACCUCGUCAUGGGCAACUCAUACUCCUUCAGGGUGUUUGCAGAGAACCAAGUGGGUAUCAGUAAGACGAGCACUGUCACCAAGGAGGUGGCCACCAUCCAUAAGAGAGGUAUUGUUUACAAGCCUCCUGAGUACCAGGAACAUGACUUCAGUGAGGCACCGAAGUUCACCACACCCCUGAACGACCGCGCUGCCACUGUAGGAUACACCACUAAGCUCCUGUGUUCUGUUCGUGGAUGUCCCAAGCCAAAGAUUGAAUGGCUGAAAAAUCAGAUGAUCAUUGGUGAUGACCCCAAGUUUCGUCAGAUCUCCAGUCAGGGCAUUUGCUCCCUCGAGAUUCGUAAGCCCUGCAGCUUCGAUGGUGGUGUGUACACCUGCAGAGCCAAGAAUGCCCAGGGAGAGGCCACUGUCUCCUGCAAGCUCGAGGUCAAACAGGUUAUUAUUCCAGAGGCCGACAAGGAGAAGGGCAAUUAAACCAGAGCACCGUUAAAGAACCAGCAGAAGUCCAGGUCUUAUGCUUUAAGAAUGUUCGAGGAGGUGAGCAAAAGACUCAUGGCUGGCUGUGCAGAAGUGUGUAUAAUGAAGAAAGGAACAGAUCAACUGACUGACACACUUUUUUCAGUACACAGGGAAGACCUGGGCCACCUCACCCAUCCCAGUUUGGUAAUAUGUGUAAAGCUAUAUUUAUCAUGUUUUUCAGCCUGUGGCCAUUUACUUUGUUACAGCUGACUCAAUAAAA